CGUAAGCUACACUCCCCGACGGAGGGUGGACUUAAAUCCGCCACUGUGAAACAUUGGACUGACACAAUCUUUCAAAAUCAUUCCCAAAUAAUCCAAAAUCUAAACUUUAAAAAACCCAUUUCAGGUACGUGUCAUUGCUCACGUAAGCCAGCUCUAUCGCGUCAGUCAUCACGCAACUGCGAAUUCAUAAACUGUAAUUGUUCAUCUCGUUGCUAGAUUUUGUGGAUCUAAUUCUGAUUGUUUGAGAGGUUGAAAGCUUUUACACGCUUGAUUUUCUAUAUUUUUUGCUAAAUAAUCUUGUUUUUGUCAAAGAUAAUCGUAAUCUGUUCUCUCUGUGAAUUUACUCUUAAAUGGAAUUUGGGAAUUUAUGAGUGUGAUUUAGUUCUUACAAACUGAAUCACUUUUUGUAGGGAUGGUUUGAAGAAACUUUGAAGACCCAGUAAAAACAAUAGAAGAAUCGGGUGUUAAAUAACUUGAUUCAGUAAUUUAGUACUCAUAAAAGGGCCAUUUUUUAUUUAUUUAUUUAAUUUUUUUUUUUAAAAUUGGUUUUGUAGUAGUUGUUGAAGACAUAUAUUGCCAUAAAAUGAGUAGGUAUAGAAGGUAUAAUGAUAUUUGUGUUGGUAAGGAGGAUGGGGGAUCACAUGGUGAUGUUGUUCUGGGUUGUCAUGAUGCUGAAAUUGCACAACUCUCGAAGAUCACGUCAAGCCCGCAUGAGCGGCUGAGCAAGGUAGUUCCAUGUAAGGCGAGAUUGCCUGUUUCACCUGUGAAAAUGUUGGCCGGCAGGGAAUGUAACUAUAGUGGAAGAGGGAGAUUCUCGUUGGCAGAUUCUUGUCACAUCUUGAGUCGGUAUUUGCCCAUCAAUGGUCCUUCAGAUAUUGAUAAAAUGAAUAGCUGUGCAUAUGUUUCACAGUUUUCAGCAGAUGGUUCCCUUUUUGUGGCAGGAUUUCAGGAAAGUCAUAUUAGAAUAUAUAAUGUUGACCAUGGAUGGAAAGUUCAGAAGGACAUUCGGGCAAGAAGCUUGCGAUGGACGAUUACUGAUACAUCCCUUUCACCAGAUUGCCGUUUGCUUGCAUAUUCCAGUAUCUCACCUGUGGUCCAUAUUGUCGAUGUUGGAUCUGCUACAAAAGAGUCUCAUGCAAAUAUAACAGAAAUUCACGAAGGUUUGGAGUUUUCAUCUAAUACCGACGAUUAUGAGGAUUAUUCUUUUGGAAUCUUCUCUGUAAAAUUUUCAACUGAUGGACAAGACCUUGUAGCAGCUAGCAGUGAUGAAUCUAUAUAUGUUUAUGAUCUUGAAGCCAAGAGAGUAAGCCUGCAGAUCAAAGCUCAUAAGUCUGAUGUCAAUGCUGUCUGCUUUGCUGAUGAAACUGGCCACAUCAUAUAUUCUGGUAGUGACGAUCAUCUUUGCAAGUUCAUCCUGGUAUGGGACAGGCGCUGCUUUGAUACAAGGGAGAAGCCUGCUGGAGUCCUAAUGGGACAUCUAGAAGGCAUUACUUUCAUUGACACUCGUGGAGAUGGCCGUUAUUUUAUCUCAAAUGGAAAAGAUCAGGCUAUUAAACUUUGGGACAUCCGGAAAAUGUCAUCCAAUGUAGAAUACACUUCAUUUCGUAGAUAUGCUGAAUGGGAUUACAGAUGGAUGUCAUAUCCAGGGCAUGUAAGAAAUAUGAGACAUCGAGAUGAUCUGUCAGUAGCUACAUAUAAAGGCCAUACGGUCUUGCGCACUCUCAUACGCUGUCAUUUCUCUCCAGCAAAUAGCACGGCGCAGAAGUAUUUAUACACUGGAUCUGCUGACUCCUGUGUUUAUAUUUAUGACCUGGUGAGUGGAGAUCAAGUUGCAAAACUCGAUUUCCACGAGGAUACUGUAAGAGACUGCCAUUGGCACCCUUUCUACCCUAUGAUGGUCACCUCUUCUUGGGAUGGCGCCAUUGCCAGAUGGGAAUUUCCUGGCAGCGGUUAUAGUCCAACACCUGUGAGGCAAUCUAGGAGACGAAGAUGAUCUUUCUACUAAACUGCUUGUCUAUCUACUGGUGAUGUUUCAUUGUGUUCCUUACAAAGCUGUCAUUACUUCCCAUAUUAUACCAUGUAAAUUCAUCGUUUCACGAGUGUUAUGUAUAGAGUAUCAUGGUCUGAUGGUCUUACAAAAGAACAUAAAUGGUAAAAACAUGUUUGUUUCGUCACUUCCCCCAACAUAAGUGAUAAUGUAUUAAUGGUUUAUGUUAUAGUCUAAA